AUGGCAACAGUGGAUAGUGGUCUGGAGCAGCAUGGAGGAGGCAUGGUGGAAGAUGGGGCUGGAGAUGCCAGUCAUUCUGAGGGUGCUUGGGGACCUGUCAGAUGGUUUACAGCAGGGAGUACGGCAUCAGAUGGUUUACAGCAGGGAGUACGGCAUCAGAUUUGUGUUUUAGAAGAAGGCGACCGAAGUUUGGAGGUAAGACGAGCAGGCGAGCGGUUUGCCGGGCCAGAGCAGAAGCCGGGCGGGCCGGGGAGCGGGCGCCCGCCGCCCGCGCGGGGGAGCGAGAGAGAGAGCGGAGCGCCUUUCUUCUCGGCAAAAUGGACCCCGCGUCGGGGGAGGGGGAGGGGAAAGGGUGGGGAGGGAGGCGGCGGAGACGGGGUUUAUUUUUCAUCCUGGCUUCGUCCUUCCCGCCGCAUCUGCGGGCGGCCGCGGCGAGGAAAGCAGGUCCGGGCUGCGGCGGGGAGAGCUCGGGGCCGGCGAGUCGCCCUGGCCCCGCUCCCGUUCCCUCUCCGAGCCCGCGGCGGCGGCGCGCACCUGCCGCGGGACUGCCCUUUCCCAGCCGCCUCGCUGCCUUCUGAAGCACCGCAGAGGAUCCGCGGUCGGAUCCGGCCAAGCCCCCAGCCGCGCGGAGGAUCCGCGGCCGGGUCCGGCCGAGUCCCCAGCCGAGCGGAGGACUCGCGGCCCAGCCGGGCGUAUCCUACGAGGCCCGUGCUGUCCGCCGUGCCGUCCAGAAGAGCUGUGUGGCUGGGACGGCGCUUUUUUGGCCGAGUGCGCGCGGGCCUGAUGCUAUUCGCGCCCCGAGUCGCCCCGAAUGCGGGAUCUUGUGGGGGGUGCGGUUGGAAGGCGCUAAGAUGGCGCUGGGCCUGGCCUGUCGCCAGGGUUGGUGGCGCAGUUGCUCGGCGGGCGCCAUCUUUCUCGCGGCGCGGGCGGCGCCCUCCGAGGACAUGUCGCUGACCAGGGCGCCGCGAGGCCCGGGGCCAGCGGGAGCCGAGAGCAGGGUGCUGAAUUCUGGAGAUGGGACUGGGGUCGCGCGGCCUUCUCCUUCCCCACGGCCCCAGACCCAAAAGACGAGGUCGCCGGCUCGGAGCGGAAAGGGCUGGGGUCAGCUUCUUCCUCCUUCCCACUUGUGAUGGAAGAAGGGGACUGGGCGUCGAGCCUCGCGGCUGA